AUGUCGGGUUAUGUGUUCCUACAUUUUUCGGGCUCUUAUUUUGGAGGGUGGGGCUACUGCCUGUGUGUGCAUGUGCAGGAAGAAAGAGCGAACAAUGAGAGACCUCCUGUAUCAGAUCCUGUUGAACUGGGAGGAGAUACAACUUUGCAGUGUUCAAUACUCACAGAUGCGUCUGCAGGAGAACACAGUGUGUACUGGUUCAGACAUGGAUCAGGAGAAUCUCAUCCAGGAAUCAUUUACACUCAUGGAAACAGGAGUGAUGAGUGUAAGAAAAGCUCUGAGACUGAUUCUCCUACACAGAGCUGUGUCUACAAACUCCCCAAGAGAAACCUCAGCCUCUCUGAUGCUGGAACUUACUACUGUGCUGUGCUCAUGUGUGGAGAGAUCAUCUUUGGGAAUGGAACUAAACUGGACUUUGUAGAGAAAAAUGUUUUGAACCCAACUAUUGUUGUAUUAGCAGCAUCGAACAUCAUAUGUCUGAGUGUGGUUCUAUAUCUGUGCAGAAAACAUAAAGAUCCUGCUGAAGGUCACACAGUUCAAGCUCACCAGGCCGCAUGUGAUGAAGCUUUCAACUUUGCAGCAGGAAGUUUCAACAAUGAACCGCAGCAGAUUAAAGAGGCGGAUGUGCACUCUCUGGUCAUUUAUUACCAACAAAACUGA